AUUUCCGCGCUUGCAGCGGCUCUGGCAGCCAGUUUCCCAGCGCCCGCUAACACUGUCCGGCGUCCGAGACCCUUCUGCCCCGGGGUGAAAUGAUCUUCCAACGCCUUCUGUACGUGUUCCUGAUGUCGCUGCCCGGGGUCGCGGUUCAACAGGAUUAUUCUCCCCCAAUGAAAAGUGCAUCUGACUGCCUGAAUAAAACAACAGAAUACUUCAAUAAAGAUUUAAAUUUGUGCUGCAGCAAUUGCCAACCAGGUACCCGCGUGGCCCAGUAUUGCACGAAGGAGAUGGACACACAAUGCAAGCCCUGCGGGGAUAAGCAGUUCACGGCAUAUUGGCACAGGAUGAAGAAAUGCAAGGGAUGUGCAGCUCAGUGCUCGGAUGACCAGGAACAGGAGCAGCCCUGCACACUGACCACCAUGAGGAUAUGUCGCUGCCGCCAGGGCUUCCACUGCAUUGAUCUUUCUGACAGGACGUGUAACCAAUGCCAGAAACACCAUGAAUGCAAGGCUGGUUUUGGUGUGAUCGCGCAAGAAGAUAAAGACGCCGAUGUAAAAUGUGCUCCAUGUGCUUCUGGAACAUUCUCGAACAGCAUCUCUUCCACUGAGGCCUGCAAACUGCACACUGAGUGUCCAGCGCUGGGGAGAAAGAUUUUACAGGAGGGAACCAGCGAGGAAGAUGUAGUUUGCAGCGAUGAACUACAACCACGGUCCCCGACUCCGAGGACCAUCGUUGCAACGGUUGCAGGUGGUCCGCCACUGCCACAGGUCACAUCUGAGACAACUGUGGAACCAAUAAACGAGACUCUUGCCACGGGCAGCGGCCCCCCCCUGCACGUUCCUUCUCGUCCCUGGCUGCUGGGUAUUGGCUUUGGGAUUUUGGCCUUAAUCGUUUUGGCCGUUGUGGCUACAGUCUGUUUCCUUCACAAGAGAAAAGGGCGGGAUCCUGAUCCAAAAGAUAGAGUGCCUCUGAAUAAUGUGGCCCAAGUGGAGACGAUCUGUUUAAUUAGCGAGACUGAAGCCAAGCAGUUGCCUGGGAGCAGGACCUGGGAGCAGAAUGGUGGAGUAGGGUCACUGGGCGACCAUCGCUCUUCAUUGUCCAGGUCCAGCAGUGAGGAGUCACGAGACGCCAGGAAGAAUGGCCUGAAGGAGGUGGAUCAGUUGCAGACUCACGAUGCUCUUUUGAAGAAUGAUUCACAGGGGGAUUGUCAAGAAGACCAGGGAUACAUCAGCCGGGAAUCCCGGCCCAGCUCAGGAACCCCGUCACCCAUCAUGGAAUUCAGCGGAAACCCAACGGUGAGCGUUACGAUAAACACCGGCAAGUGUUUCGUCAACUGCUACCAUUGUCAGGAGGACAAGUCCUCUGGCCCAGGGUUGGACGUGGACCAGAGUCGCGCUCCCGAGGAGGAGCAGGGGAUUGAAAUGGAUGAGGGGUUCCCAAUCCAGGAGGAACAGAGGGAUUCGGAUUCGGAGAAGUGGAAGGAGAAUGGUUCUUCUGUGGUGGCGGUGCCCCAGGCCAGCUGGCUGGACAACUCGGUGCCACAUCAGGAGGAAGGGAAGGAGUCACAUCUUCCCGUUCAAGACACAUCUGGGAAUGUUUACUGAGUGUGGAAUGAAGGCCACACAAUGGCCUGGAUCUCUGUGCUGAAGCCCCUGGAGGGCUUUGAAUGAGGCUCCUGUCUAACUUGCUGGUUGGUGCUCAUUCCCCCCCCCUCCCCCCGUGAAAUUUCAUCCUCACCCAACGUGAACCCAGUGCCGGGGAAUGGAGAACUUGCUGGGAUCUUCAGAGCUGCAGUUGAUUUUAAAAACCAGCAGCUCUUAUCAUUGUGACAAGGGUGAACCAUUCACACGGUGUUACUGAGGCCAAUAAAAGCCUGGUGUUCCCCCAUCGACACGCAAGACGCUGCUUAGUCCACUGGCAACAGCAGCGGGCAGGCAGGCAGGCAAGGAGGGAUAUCAGCCCUCAUCCAACCUGUCUCACCCAGUGAAAUUCUCCACGUGCCACGAUUUAUUCCACUAUCCUCUUCACCCAAAUCCUCAGGUAGUCUGCAGGAGGAUAAAGACAGGGGAGAUUCCGUUACCAUGGCUCUCUCUCGCACCCGGUUAAUGAAGGGAACACAUGUUGUACCUGCCCCUGCCAGAAACAAGGCAAUGUUCCCCCACUACCUCUCCCACCACUAGUGCUGAUGUAUUCCCCGAAGGUAAUGCCAUCUGACAUUC